GGACGAUUAAGCAAGAGACAAGACUGUUAACAGUUCCAGAGCUCGUGGGCUCCUGGGGGGCAGCGGUUGCCUCGUCACCAGGUCCAGGAGGCCAGCACUGGGUGCCCGACUGGGAGCCUUUAAGAGGCCGAAGCAGUAUGGAGAGUGAACAGAGAGUUUCCCGAAAAGGCCGCAAGCUGGGCUCUAGCCGCCGCCGGCAGAUGAGAGAAGUAGCCGAUAGCCUGGAUGCUGCUGCGGCCCCAGAGCCAGAGUCCUGGUCCUCCCAGGCUGCUGCCGAAUUGCAAGCCUUCUUCCAGGAUUGUGGUGCCAAGGAGAGGGGCUUUGUCACCCGCGAGGACCUGGCGGUGGCCAAGUUCAGCUUCCUGAGUGGCGAGGACGAGCUGGAGAUGAUCUUUGACUGGGUGGAUGUGGAGCAGAAGGGACGCCUCUCCCUUGAAGAAUUCAGCUCUGGGCUCAAGAACGUCUUCGGCUCCGGCACCCACGGGGUCCACAGAAAGAGGCCAGUGCCCUCCAAGAGGGAAUCUGCAGCCGUCAGCCUCCCGGUGCUGGAGGAGGCUGACCCUGAGGAGAAGGAGGCGUUCUUCGCAUUCAUACAGCAGCUGGGGGCAGGCCACUUACUUCCCGAUCAGGCAGAGAUCUGGCAGCUGUGGGGGAAGCUGCGGCAGGAGGAGCCCCAGCUGGCAGGCAACUUGGAGGGCUUUCUGGCCAGGAUGACCAGCCGCCUGCAGGAGGCACAGGCCGACAAAGAGGCUUUGGAGCUGACCCUGCGGAAGCGGGACUCUGAUCACCAUCGAGAGGUGCAACAGCUCUAUGAGGAAAUGGAGCAGCAGAUCCUCCGGGAGAAGCAGCAGCUGCAGGCCGAGAGCGACUCCCGGGGCCUGGCCUUUAGCUCCCAGAUGCAGGAGGUCCUGGAGGCCAAGGAGCGUGAAUUUCAGCGGCUGACUGAGGGCCAGAGGGAGCUGGAGGCCCAGGUCCAGUUCCUCAGCAGCACACAUCAGGAGGCCAACGCGGAGAACCGGCAGCUUCGGGAGGCUGAGCGUGACCUGGCUGGGCGGCUGGAGGAGGCGCAGGAGCAACUGCAGGUGACCAGGGGGCGUCUGAAUGCCGCCAGGGGCCACGUGUCCUGGCAGACAGAGGAGGAACCAAGUGUCCCCAGGGCAGGUGAGGAGAAAGCUCCAGACACCAAGGCAGUCUCCUCAGAGGAGGCCCCCCUGCCUGGACUGUUUGGGGAUGAGGAUGACUGGGACCAGCUCCUGAACAGCUUCAACACCUCCUCGCGCAGAGCCCUGCAGCUCUCCUGGAGCCCACCCUCCACCCCGAGAGCCCUGGCAGGCCCCCAGACGCCCCGAGUAGUCAGGCAGAUCUCCAUCUCGGAGCUGCAUUCUUUGCCGUUUGGUCAGGGGCCACCUUCAGAUCUGGAUGGGGCUCCAAGGAGCCCCACGGGGGCGCCCUCCAGGGCCACGGAGGGGAAAGGAGUGGACGUGGGUGGGCAGGACAUCAGUCCAGAGCAGCCUGUCCAGCCUCACAGCCUGGAACCUAAGGAGGAGUCAGGGCCCGGCCCCGAGACCAUCUUCCACGGGAGUUCCCCAGGGGCCCCGAGUGAGGAGUCAGGGAGCCUAGUGGCAGCUGCACUCAAAAUGCUCAUUCCUUUGGAGGAUGCACCCCCUCCCCCGGUGACCUCCUCUCCUCCCCAGGCCCCAGCUGGGCCCAGCGAACAGCUCCAGGCCUCAUACUCAGAUGACAAGAGCCCAGAGCCCGGGCCUGUCCCAGUCAAGCUGCCCAGGCAGAGAGAGGCCCUCCUCCAUCAGGACCCACACGCUGCUGGCUCUGAGCCAGGACUGGGGUCCCCAGGAGCCGGAACCCCCACACCGGGGCUGGCUGAGCCCUCCCAGGAUCCGGAGCCUGUGGGUCGGGCUCCCACAGAGGGAUUGGAGCAGGGCCAGCUGGGCCCUGGUGUGCAGGAGGGCCAUCUUGGAGGGCCAAGAGAAGCUCACAGCCAGGUCCUCGGGCCAGAAGGCCUGUCCACCCUUUCCCGCAAGAGUCUAGAAGAAGAGCCCAAGGUCGAGGAAAGGAAACAGGUGGAUCAAGGAAGCCUAGACCUCAGUUCAGGGCAGUCCACUGAGGCUCAUGGCCUGAAAACGGGGCAUUCAGAACACCCCCAGCAAGACGGUCUGCCUGCCCCUCGCCCACAUGAUGUACCGCAGGCUCAGGCUGAAGCAGGGGCCCCUGCUUCUAGAAAACAGUCACCUCCACUGGACUCUCCCCAUGAAGGGGCUCAGCGCGGGGAUGGAGCAGGGCCCCGGGAGCCCACACAGAACCUCCCCACCAUGGUUGAGCUGGAAACCCACCCCAUGCCCUCACCUACAGCUGCUCAUACAGAAGAACAAGGCUCCCUACGACCCAGGGAGCCAAAGGCAGAGAACAGGCCUGAAGACCCAGGAAGUGACUCCAAGGAGGCUGAGCUGACCCCAUCCUCAGGGUCCCUCACUGCCAACGAGCUUCCAGCCAACCCUGAUUACCUCUUUCACAUCGUCUUCCUGGGAGACUCAAACGUGGGCAAAACAUCCUUCCUACACCUGCUGCACAAAAACACCUUCACCCCUGGGCUGGCAGCUACUGUGGGCGUGGAUUUUCGGGUCAAAACUCUGCUGGUGGACAACAAGUGCUUCGCGCUGCAGCUCUGGGACACGGCUGGCCAGGAGAGGUACCACAGCGUGACUCGGCAGCUACUCCGCAAGGCUGAUGGAGUGGUACUCAUGUACGACGUCACCUCCCAGGAGAGCUUUGCCCAUGUGCGCCACUGGCUGGACUGUCUCCAGGACUCAGGGUCCAAUGGGGUGGUCAUGCUUCUCCUGGGAAACAAGAUGGACUGUGAGGAGAAACGGCAGGUGCCCACCGAGGCCGGGCAGCAGCUGGCCCAGGAGCUGGGAGUCUCCUUUGGGGAGUGCAGCGCCGCCCUAGGUCACAACAUCCAGGAGUCCAUGAUGAACCUGGCCCGGUCACUCAAGAUGCAAGAAGACCGUCUGAAGGACUCCCUGGUGGAGGUGGCCCCCAAGAGGCCAUCCAAGAGCUCUGUCUGCUGCUUCUGACCAUCUGGCCCAGCCAGGACAGGACGGCACCCCUCGGAUUUCCUGUUCCUCGACUCCUGUCCCACCUGCCUGGACACAGCAAUGACAGAGACGGCCAGCUCGGAUGUUCAGGAAAACCCCUCCUCCGGUCAGGACUCGGAUCCCAGGGUAGGGCUGCACUAACUCCGCCCUUUGCACUCUGAAGAAGGACUUUGCUGAGGUGAUGGUGGUGAAAACUCUUUAAAGUAAGGAAAAGUCUAGAAAAAUGAAUGAAGGAAAGCACACCACAUUCUUGGGCACACAUCUCUGGAUGGUAAAAUUGCAGGGUGAAUGUGCGGAGGUGUUAUUUCCCUUUUUAUAUGUAUUUGUAUUUCCAGAUCUUCUGCAAUGAUUCGGUGUUCUUUAUAUAAUCAAAAUGAAAAAUAAACGCUGAGGAGAGGGAGAGAAACUUCCCUGGGAGCCUGCUUCGGGGCUGAUUGCUAACGGAUACAGCCUGUUAAUGACAGAAUACUCUUUAUUCAAGCAGUCCCCCUGUUUCGUGCCUGCCAAAGCUGGUGAACCUUGUCCCAUUCACCCCUGUUUGCAAGUAUGGAGUUCCUUCCGAGCAGAAUCCGAGUCUGGGGAAAGAGCAAUGUUCUGAUGGCCCCUGACAAGCCCUGUUCCUCCUGUCUCCUGUCCCCCCCUCCCCCACUUCCUUUCCCCCAGACCUGACUCUAAAGGGUCAUAUUCAAGGACCACCCGCUCUAAUGCCAAGAUGUCCCCUGCUGCAGCUCUCUGCCCUCAGUCGUCAGUCUCUGGGUGCUCUCGAGGUCCAGCUGGGGUGUGGCUGGUGGGGCCUGGGGAGCAGCAGAGACACUGGCCGCGGGUCACUCGUGGGCUCCUCUUUGGAGCUUUUGUAGGGAUUCCCAGGACGGCACAACAUUUGCCUCCUGAAAGGUACAGCCCCCCGGGCUGCAGUCUCCUGUGUCCUUAAGGAGCUUGUUUCGAGAAUCUUAGGGAGACGGCCCCUCAGUGUUGGACUAUCUCCCGUCACGUAUGUUUGUCGUGAUUGUUGUCCCCGUCAUCUUACCGCUAACCGCAAUGACACCCACCAUGUCCUGCAGGCCAGCGUGUGCAGGAUGCAGGGUGCGUAAUGAUAACUUCGUGAUCCUUCAAUCCUGGUGAAUUCCCCAGCUGAAUCCAAGGAAACCCCGGUUCCGUGGGGGAGACAAGCAGAGACAGUUCCAAGAGAAAGAGGUACAGAGCAAGAGCCUGCAGGAGAGGAAGCGAGGGCGGGAGGUGGAAGACAGAGCUUGCCUACAGGUCGAAUCAGUCUCCGAUCUUGGCCCCCAUCCCUCUGCUCGGUUCUGAAAGGGAUGCCUCCACAGCAGUGAGCUCUCUGUCAAUAAAGGCAUACAAGUGGCAGUUGGAUGACCCUUGGCAAGAGGCAAGGUGGAAAAGGUUCAGGCAUCCGAAGCCGCUAAAGGUUGGAUCCAAUGCCUUUAACGGACCCCAUUCAACCUCUAGACAGUAUGCAGGAUGACUUUGUGAUCUAGGCAGUUCUCUUCCUGGCCCCUCUUACGGAUUCUUUCUUAUCCCCGAUCUCCUCUCUUCCUGGAUCCUCUCCAUCAGCCCACAAGUGUCUCCCUGCUCUGAGAAGUUUCUAGAUUGUAGUAGGUUCCAAGAGAGACAGACAGACAGGGAGAGGUGGGCUGGAGAGAGUGAUGUGUGCCCAUGGAUGAGGGUGGGAGGCAGGUCUUGCUGUUGCUAAUGGCUCUCUCUGGGGCCUGGGGACCUGGCAGGCACCAACGUCUCUGUCCGGUAGGCCAGCGAGUUAAUGAGGCAGGUAAGCAGGGUGUGAUUCCUGGGGGAGCCAGGAGAGCGGAUAGAGCCCCUGUCCUCUGGGGGACCCCGUACAGAAAUAGCCCCCAGGCCUGCCCCUUUCAUCUCAGCUCUGCCCCCGCUGGAGGCAGCCAGCUCAGGUUCCGUAGAGGUGGGGUGCCAGAAGGGACCACACACCUGCCCAGAACCUUCUCUUGGCUUUCUCUGGCUAGGUCCAGCUUCUGUGCCGAGCAGGGCUGUGGAGGGGCCGCCAGCCUUUCCUGGUGUCAGAGGGCUCCGGGUCAGCAAGCAGGGCCCAGGAACCUCAGAGCAGCACGAGGCAGGUAAGGAGAGCAGCAGGAGGGGCUCAAGGUAGAUUUCAGAGGGAGCAUCCAGGCAAGUGGUGAGUUCCCAGGGCACGUCCGCCAAGCAGGCACUGGUCACAACUUAGCUUGAGGUUGGUUAGGAAAAGGAGGGUGAGGGCGCGUGGGGUGGCUCAGUCCGGGAAGCGUCAGGCUUCAGCUCAGGUCAUGAUCUUGCAGUUCAUGGUUCGAGCCCCGUGUCAGGCUCUGUGACAGCUCAGAGCCUGGAGCCUGCUUCGGAUUCUCUAUCUCCUCUCUCUGCCCCUCUCUCGCUCUUUCUCUCUCUCUCAAAAAUAAACAUUUAAACAUUUUUUUUAAAAAAGAAAAGGAGGGUGGAACUGGGCUGAUGGGGCUCAG